AAGGGGGGGCUGACGUCUUCUGGCGGGUGGCGGUGUUGGAGACGAGAGCUUGGUUAGCCGGUAUUGCUUCUGUCCCAGGAACCCGACGGAGCGUGAGGGAACGAGGGUCGCUUUCGGGGGCUGCUGCCUUCCACGUACGCGUCGUCGUGAGGAGCGCAGCCCGGACUCUCCUGCAACCCCUCCAGCUCCCUUUUCCGCACGCCUCGAGGCAGCGGCGGCAACCGAGACAGCGUCUCACCAUCCCCCACCCCUUCCCCUUGUCCCCCCGCCCGAGAGGGCCCGGUCUGCGCCCCACCCCCGUCCGUUCGCCCGCUACGCCGCCGCCAUGUCGGCGCAGGCCCAGAUGCGCGCGAUGCUGGACCAGUUGAUGGGCACCUCCCGGGACGGGCCCUGGUGGUGGCAACCGCCUGUGUGCCACUGAAAAUCGUGCCGAUGCCUGGCAUACUGCAUAAAUGGAAGCAGGGUACCGCGUUCAAUGUAUCUAUGCCUGCCUACUUCAGUCUGCAAGGGAGUGUCAGAAAGGCCCCGCAUUCGCCGAGCCCAGCAAAAGGGAGACACUUCAGCUGGAACAAAAUAGUGGAAGAAAUGGCGUCUGGGGUUCAGUGGGGAUUCGCAGAGAUACUACUCGUCAACGAAUCAAAUUCAGUGAUGACAGAGUAUGCAAGAGUCACCUUCUGAAUUGUUGCCCCCAUGAUGUCCUGUCUGGAACUAGAAUGGAUCUUGGAGAAUGUCUGAAAGUCCAUGACCUGGCUUUAAGAGCAGAUUAUGAAAUUGCAUCCAAAGAACAAGAUUUUUUCUUUGAACUUGAUGCUAUGGAUCAUCUGCAGUCAUUCAUUGCAGAUUGUGAUCGAAGAACAGAAGUGGCUAAGAAAAGAUUAGCAGAAACUCAGGAAGAGAUUAGUGCUGAAGUUGCAGCAAAGGCAGAACGUGUUCAUGAGUUAAAUGAAGAAAUCGGUAAAUUGUUGGCUAAGGUGGAACAGCUAGGAGCUGAAGGGAAUGUGGAGGAAUCCCAGAAAGUAAUGGAUGAAGUAGAGAAAGCACGGGCAAAGAAAAGAGAAGCAGAGGAAGUUUAUCGGAAUUCUAUGCCAGCUUCCAGUUUCCAGCAGCAGAAACUUCGAGUCUGUGAAGUUUGCUCUGCCUAUUUAGGUCUUCAUGAUAAUGACAGACGACUGGCUGAUCAUUUUGGGGGUAAACUGCACCUGGGAUUUAUUGAAAUAAGAGAGAAGCUUGAAGAAUUAAAGAGAGUUGUAGCUGAGAAGCAGGAGAAAAGAAACCAGGAACGCCUGAAAAGAAGAGAAGAAAGGGAGAGAGAAGAAAGGGAGAAGCUGAGGAGGUCUCGAUCACAUAGCAAGAAUCCUAAAAGAUCCAGGUCCAGAGAGCAUCGCAGACAUAGGUCUCGCUCCAUGUCACGGGAACGGAAAAGGAGAACUCGAUCCAAAUCCCGGGAGAAACGCCAUCGCCACAGGUCCCGCUCCAGCAGCCGUAGUCGCAGCCGCAGCCACCAGAGAAGUGGGCACAGUUCUAGAGACAGGAGCAGAGAGCGAUCCAGGAGGAGAUCCUCAAAAGAGAGAUUCAGAGAACAAGACUUAGCAUCACGUGACAGAGACAGGAAUUCAAGAGACAGAUCACCUCGUGACAGAGAUCGAAAAGAUAAGAAGCGGUCCUAUGAGAGCGCUAAUGGCAGAUCAGAAGACAGGAGGAGCUCUGAAGAGCGCGAAGCAGGGGAGAUAUAAUUAGCUGUGUACAUAUCCUCAAUCCUUAAGCUUCCUCUGGAGUUACAUACUAUUGUUUAGUUUACAGCUGUUCAGGGUGACACAGUGAGCAGCUCCAGACACCGAUCCAGCUAGGCUAGGUGUAUAGCAUCUAACUUGGUCUGAACUUGUUUUCUUUGAUGAAUUCUAAAACUACAUCCAUAGUUUCUGGUGAACUUGUAAUACACUUCUGAAAGUACAGUUUUAUAUAAUAAGAUGCUGAUGUCUUUAUUCUUUCUAGUAGGAGUGAUAGUGAAUGAAUUGUGUUACUUGCCUUGGGAUUUUUUGAACAUUUGUAAAAUGCUGUCUUCCUUUCUCGUCCAAAAAACAGCAACUUUGGGAAUUUCUUUUUAAUCCUUCUUCCUUUGACUCUGUAUCCCCUGAUACCUCUACCCUCUACUUGUAAGAGAAAGGGGUGCAGGGAAGCAAUAUAACUUCUGUUCUAAGGUUCUAUUCCCAUUAUUAAUUACUAGCUGAUUACAGUUCAGAACAUUUAUACUGGAAUAUGUGCUGAAGAAAUUUAAAAUACUGGGAGUUUUGUUUGUCUAACGGUGCCUCUUUUUAGAGUGGGAAGUUGAACAGCUGUUGCAUUACAUGCUUUGCUUUUUUAUUGAAAUUUUGAAAUUAAACAUGUCUUGAUUUUUCUGUUCUAUUGAAUAGCUACGUUCAGGAUGUUUUGAGAUGGGGGGUGGGGGCAGGGACUCUUUCAUAAGCACUUGUUUUAUUUUGUGUGUGUGGAGUAUGAAGAUUACACUCUUAUUGUAAAAAAUAAUAAAAUGAAAAUCACCACCACCAUCAUUAAACUGUAACUUGUCUAGUAAAUUGUCACUAGAACUACUUGCUGUGGCCAUUCCUAUUCUGUUACUAAUAGUGCCUUACUGUGCAAGGCACCAAAGGAAAUAAAUAUAUACUUACA